CGGGUGUACGGAAUAGGGCUUUGCAAGAGCAGUCUGAUGCUUUCUCGCCUUCAGCGCGAUUAACAAGCAGUUUGAAUCCGCAGAGGCGUCCUAGACCAGCACACUGCUGGAUUCUAAUUAUUGUCAGGGCUUUUGACACGUUUAAAACAAUCUUGAGGGAGGAUAAGGAAAAAAAGCACUUUUCAUCCCUGAAAAGAAACUCACUAAUUAGCAAGAUGAUUUCAGGAUCUCAGUGUGCCCUGUUCUUUUUCUUGUCCUUCACUGCCUGUCAAGGAUUCCCGGCAUCUCAGAACUGUCUCAAUAAACAACAGCUCCUAUCCGCUAUCCGUCAAAUGCAGCAGUUGUUAAAGGGCCAAGAGACCCGUUUCACUGAAGGUAUUCGCAACAUGAAGAAUCGGCUGACUAUGCUCCAGAAUUCUGUGAACAAAGCCCUUCCAGAUGUCCCAGCAGUCUUCUGCCCUGCUCUGGAAGCUCCACCCAAUGGGAGAAAAUUUGGCAGCAAGUACCUGGUGGAGCAUGAGGUCCAUUUCACCUGUAAUCCUGGCUUCCAGCUGAUUGGCCCCAGUAGUCUUCUCUGUCAGCCCAAUGGGAAUUGGACAGGAGACAAACCUGAGUGCAAAGACAUCAGUGAAUGUGCUAGCCAUCCUUGUCAAAAUGGCGGAACAUGUGUGGAAGGAGUCAACCAAUACAAAUGCACUUGUCCACAAGGAUGGACUGGAAACAACUGUCAGCACCAAGCACAGACAGUGGUACCUGAUGGGAGUGUGACCAAUGAUCCUGCCUUUAGUCGCAAGCCACGUUGUGCCAAGGUGGAUAGGACUCAACACUGUAGCUGCGAGGCAGGUUUCCACAUGAAAGGCACAGCAGAUAACAGCAUAUGUCAGGAUGUGAACGAAUGUGAGGUUUACAAGCUGGAGGGGGCCAACCAGCUCUGUAUGCACAACUGCAUUAACACUCCUGGAUCCUUCCGCUGCUCUUGCCCAAGUGGCUAUAGGACUCUUGAGGAUGGAAAAAGCUGUGAAGAUAUCGAUGAGUGUGCAGAUUCCCAACAUACCUGUACCCGGGGGACCACAUGUAUCAACACAGGUGGCAGUUUUCAGUGUGUCAAUCCAGAGUGUCCAACAGGCAGUGGUAAUGUGAGCUAUGUGAAAACAUCCUCAUUCCAGUGUGAACGUAACCCCUGCCCCAUGGAUAGUAAAUCUUGCCACCAUGCUCCCAAGACCAUCUCCUUUCACUAUCUUGCACUGCCUUCCAGCCUGAAGACACCAAUCACGCUCUUCCGCAUGGCUACAGCUUCAGCUCCUGGGAGGCCAGGGCCUGACAGUUUGCGCUUUGGGAUUGUAGGAGGAAACAGCCGAGGGCAUUUUGUGAUGCAGCGCUCUGACCGACAGACUGGAGAGCUGAUCCUCGUCCAGAGCCUGAAAGGGCCACAGACAUUAGAGGUGGACGUUGACAUGUCAGAGUAUCUGGAUCGCACCUUCCAGGCUAAUCAUGUGUCCAAGAUCACUGUUUUUGUGUCACCCUAUGACUUCUAAGAGGACUAAGUGGGAUGGUCACAAGCACCAAUGGCUCGAGAUUGUUUCUCUUCAUCAAAGACUCAGCUCUGAGCACUGCUUCUAAAGUCCUCUUUCCCCUUCUUAACCAAACUCAUUCCUUAGCAGUGAAGAUUUUUUGGUUACUGUAAUGUCACUGUUCCACAUGAUGGGGCUGAAGUGUCAUCAAGACACUGAUGCCACUGAAUGGUCUCUGCCUUAAUGUUCUUCUGGUAGAUUGUGUACUAACCUUCUCAAGUCUUCCUCAGGAGAUGAAGAGCUUCUUUAAACACUGUGCCAACAGUAAUGCAAUUUGGAGUCAGUUGGGGGUAGGAAAGGGCAAAAUAUAUUUCUUCUGAUGACUUUCAAAUAUUUCCUAUGCUAGAAUAAAACACUAUAAUAGAGGGCUUGCCAGCUUGUAGCUUUAGUAAUGUGGCAGGCUAGAUCACAUUUCCUUAAUAUGUAGGAAAUAUCAUGUGUUUCUCCUUCCCAUAAUGCCCAGAAUCUUUAACAUGGGUUCUAUCUUUGUUCCCCAACAUCAGCUAUUAUGGAGUUCCACUGUAGAUCUAUUAGUACACUAAUCAAAGAAGCAGAGGAUGAUUUGGAAUGUUCCUUAUACUCAUUUGAACCAAGAAAGCUAAAUGAUAUAUCUAUAAUAGCUACAAGAGAUCUUCAUAUUGCCAGAGGCACACACUUCCUGAGAAGCAGAGCUAUAAAUUAAUAAUCCUAUUUUAUAGUUGAAGAAGCUGUUUCUGCUUCUCUGGCCUUUGCUCCUCACUUUGGCCCAUAAAACAAAAUGGUGUCAUUUAAAUGCAUUAAUAUGGCCCUCAUCUUGUUGGAUUAGCUCAAAGAAACCCAUGGAAAUCAGAAAGAAUGCACACAAUCAGGGUAAUAUGUUGAUGAAUACUUGAUUUUUAUAUAAGAAUCUCAAUACCAAAGUCUACCUAUAUUGAAGAUUGAGAAGCCCAUCAUCUUGUCAUAGAUUUUUUUAUGGAAAAAAUGCUCCAGCUGCCAUUUCCCCCCAUGUGGUUGCCUCCCAACCAUGGGUAAGUCAAACAGUGAUGCUAUCCAGGUGACUAAAAAAAUAAUAGGAAGGGAAAAUUGUGAAUAUUUGUGCAUUCAAGAGUUUUCCUUAACCUCAUUAUUGAAAUUUCAGAGCACAUAUCUAAAAAAAUACUUUUCAAGUUUUUCUUGAUCAUAUUUUGUUUAAGUUUUAUCUGACACUGAGAAGCAAUGUGGCAUGGUGGAUAGAGAAUUGGAAUCGGGAAGACCUGGAUUCAAAUAUUGCCUUUAACAUGUACUAGAUGUAUGACUCAGCCUUUUAGUCACCUUUUAAAACUGCAGAGAAGGUGCUGACUUCCAUUGUUGGAGGGUGUUUGUUCCCUUACCUAAGAGAACCUUCUAAAAAUGAAAUCAUAACCCUAAUUGCAGUCCUUGUGUAUCUGGAACUGGAGGCAAUUCUACUCGCCCCAGUGGAAGAAUAGAGGUAGUUCUGGGAGUCCUGGAGAUGAGAUGGUCCUAUUGAAAACAAAUAUCUUCAUUUGUCACAUUAUCUUGGACUAUAAAUGUGACUGUUCCACUCAUGAAUUGAUUUUAAAAUGUUCCUUUUCUUCCUACAAGAAUUUUCUUUAGAAAAUGAGAC